CUUUCCCUCAUCGGAAAACUGAAAUUCACACAAUCUCUCUCUACAGUUUAAGCACACAUUAUAUAAUAUAAAACUCUCAAUUAAUCUUUUAUAUAAAAAAAAAUCUUUGGUUAAUUGAAUGGCGGAAGUACAGAUGGCAGAUGCAGAGACGUUUGCAUUCCAGGCAGAAAUCAAUCAGUUGUUGAGCUUAAUCAUCAACACUUUCUACAGCAACAAGGAGAUCUUCCUUCGUGAAUUGAUUAGCAAUUCUUCAGAUGCGUUGGAUAAAAUCCGGUUCGAAAGCUUGACUGAUAAGAGCAAACUGGAUGCGCAGCCGGAGCUCUUCAUUAGGAUCGUUCCCGAUAAGGUUAACAAAACUUUAUCAAUCAUCGAUAGCGGUGUUGGAAUGACUAAAGCAGAUUUGGUGAACAAUCUAGGAACAAUUGCGAGGUCUGGAACAAAGGAAUUCAUGGAGGCACUCCAAGCUGGGGCUGAUGUGAGCAUGAUUGGGCAGUUUGGUGUUGGUUUCUAUUCUGCUUAUUUGGUUGCUGAGAAAGUCAUUGUGACUACAAAACACAAUGAUGAUGAGCAGUACAUUUGGGAGUCUCAAGCUGGUGGUUCAUUCACGGUUACUAGGGAUACUGAGGGUGAGCAGCUUGGCAGGGGAACCAAGAUCACUUUGUUCCUCAAAGAGGAUCAGAUGGAGUACCUUGAGGAAAGGAGAAUCAAGGAUUUGGUGAAAAAGCACUCUGAGUUCAUUAGCUAUCCGAUCUAUCUGUGGACCGAGAAAACAACUGAGAAGGAGAUCAGUGAUGAUGAAGAUGAUGAGCCUAAGAAAGAAGAGGAAGGUGACAUUGAGGAAGUUGAUGAAGCGAAAGAAAAAGAGAAAGGCAAGAAGAAAAAGAUCAAAGAGGUUUCUCAUGAAUGGGAGCUCAUCAACAAGCAGAAACCAAUCUGGUUGCGCAAACCAGAGGAGAUUACAAAGGACGAAUAUGCUUCUUUCUACAAGAGCUUGACCAAUGACUGGGAGGACCAUCUAGCAGUGAAGCACUUCUCUGUUGAAGGACAGCUUGAGUUCAAGGCGAUCCUCUUUGUGCCUAAGAGGGCUCCAUUCGAUCUGUUUGACACCCGUAAGAAGAUGAACAACAUUAAGUUGUAUGUCAGGAGGGUGUUCAUCAUGGACAACUGUGAAGAGUUGAUUCCUGAGUGGCUUGGAUUUGUCAAGGGUGUUGUGGACUCUGAUGACUUGCCACUCAACAUCUCUCGUGAAAUGCUCCAGCAGAACAAAAUCCUUAAGGUCAUCAGGAAGAAUCUUGUCAAGAAAUGCAUUGAGAUGUUCAACGAGAUUGCAGAGAACAAGGAGGACUACAACAAAUUCUAUGAAGCCUUUUCAAAGAAUCUGAAAUUGGGAGUCCAUGAGGAUAGCCAGAACAGGGCCAAGCUGGCUGAUUUGCUCAGGUACCAUUCAACAAAGAGUGGUGAUGAAAUGACCAGCCUGAAGGACUAUGUUACCAGAAUGAAGGAAGGUCAAAAGGACAUCUAUUACAUCACUGGAGAGAGCAAAAAAGCUGUUGAGAACUCUCCGUUCUUGGAGAAACUCAAGAAGAAAGGUUAUGAAGUUCUGUUCAUGGUGGACGCUAUUGAUGAGUAUUCGGUUGGGCAGUUGAAGGAGUAUGAUGGGAAGAAGCUUGUGUCUGCAACAAAGGAAGGGUUGAAGCUUGAUGACGAAACAGAGGAAGAGAAGCAGAAGAGGGAGGAGAAAAAGAAGUCUUUUGAGAAUUUGUGCAAGACAAUGAAGGACAUAUUGGGUGACAAGGUGGAGAAAGUUGUGGUUUCUGAUAGGAUUGUGGACUCCCCCUGCUGUUUGGUGACUGGGGAGUAUGGGUGGACGGCUAACAUGGAGAGAAUUAUGAAGGCACAAGCUCUAAGGGAUACCACCAUGGGUUCCUACAUGUCUAGCAAGAAGACUAUGGAGAUCAACCCUGACAAUCCCAUCAUGGAGGAGCUUAGGAAGAGAGCUGAGGCGGACAAGAACGACAAAUCUGUCAAGGAUUUGGUGAUGCUUCUGUUUGAGACUGCUCUGCUAACAUCUGGAUUCAGCUUGGAGGACCCUAACAUGUUUGGAGGAAGGAUCCACAGGAUGCUGAAAUUGGGUCUGAGCAUUGAGGAGGAAGAAACCGGCGAUGAUGCUGAAAUGCCUGCUUUGGAGGAGGAAGCUGCUGAGGAGAGUAAGAUGGAGGAAGUUGAUUAGAGGCUGUUGGUUGCUGGGGAAGAAGAGCAAUCGGUCCGUUCAGAGUUUUGUUCAAAUGGUCUUCUAAAAUGAGUCUUUUUUCUUCAUGUCUAGUGUUUUAAGAUGUUUUAUCUUUGUCUUCGAAACUGUUUUAGUGUGUUCGGGUCUGAUGGAGAUAAAAAGUGAAUAUUUCUGGUUUUUGUACUGUUAGAACGUCGUUGGAAUAUAUCCUGGUUCAGUUUA